AUGGAUAGUAUUAUUCAAAUGCUACCGGAGCCACUGAGGCGCUUUUCAACCCACAUAGACUUUCUUGGCCAGAAAUCCGCUGAGAGAACAUUUCAGGUGGUGAUUGUACUUGCUGGCAUCAUUGGUUUCUCGAUCGGGUUUUCGACUCAGCAACUUUCGCACGCCAUCUACACAGUGCUUGCUGGAGCAGCUUUGUCUGCUCUGAUUGUUCUACCUCCAUGGCCAUUUCUGUUCAGAAAAAAUCCCAUUUCAGUAAGGUUUCAUUUUUCUGUUUGA